UUGUUUUAGAUCCGAAGAUGUUCCAGGAUCUGACAUAGUUCGACUCCUUGGAAAGGGGACCCGUACAGUCGGGGUAACCACCACCACUUCAUCACCAACAACACCACCACCGCAAACAACAGCCGACGUAAACAACAUCAUGCCGUCGGUUCUUGAAGACGACAUCGAGUCCACGACGGUGUACUCGGCGUACGUAGAUUCGAGCGGCAUCGUCGUGCCGCAACCGCAAUGUCCCACCUCAAAACCUCUAAAAACGUUCAACGACGUUCAACAAUUACUUCAGCAGGGCCGGAAACAAGAUGCAAAACACACCAUUCGAAACAAUUAUUGGCCGGUUGAUUGUCCGAUUAGAACGAAAUUGUGGCCGUUACUUUGCGCCCAACACAAUGUGGGGAAAUCGAUUGAUACUACGAUGGAUGGGUUUUAUUGGGAUAUGGUUAAGCAGGUUUUUGGAAGUGCCGAACUUCCGGAUAAAAAUAUUAGUUUACCGCCGUUUGUUGAACCGACGCAUUGUCAAUCGUAUCAUUUAACGCAUCGGGGGAGGAUUGUUGCUGAUAGGGUAGUUUCCGUACUGGGUUAUGCUUGUCCGGAUAUUGUUUAUAGUCCUAGUAUUUAUCCAAUAUGUGCGAUUCUCCUACAUUAUAUGUCAGGUGAGUAAAAUUUUUAUCGCAUUAAUUAAUUUACAACACCUGCAAAAUAACAGAUAAAAGUUUUAUGUUUACAUAAACAAAUAGUAUUAAUAUUCAACAUGUUGACAUUCUAGAAGCUCCCAAAAAAUAAACAUAACAAUCUUUAAUAUAUUACUUUUAUACCGACCGUGUUUAUCAACAAUUGUAAGUAUCAUCUAUCUGAACAGAUGUUUCAAUAUACUGAGGUAAUCGUUAAACCGAAUCGUAAAUAUUAUUUCAGUUUUUGUUGCAACAAAUCUUACAUUCUUGAUUUAAACCUUACAAGACAGUUUUGUGUAACUUCAAGGUUAUUUGCUGAGUAUGUUGACACAAAAUAGAAUCAGAUUACGUUUGCAACUGCCUUUUCUUUGCAAAUAAAAGUUGUAAAUAAGAACAGGCCCGGCGUUAUAUUCUGUGGGUCGUAAUGGUCAUGAAUAAUGAAGGGGUCUGACAGUAUCAGACAGUAUUAAGAGACGUGCGGCUAAACUAAAAAGUUCUAGGUCUAGUGUUAGUUCUAGUUUUAGUUCAAUACAAAUAUACGACAAACUAAUGCUGAAUACAACUGAAACUAGAACUCUUAGCAUUCUUUAAAUGUUGUAUUAAAUAACAUCGCAAAAGUUAUAAUUAAAAAAAAGUAUUAUUUGACUGUUAAA